AUACAUCAAAAAACAGGCUAAGGAGCAUAGAAGAUGUGUCAGCUGUGACUUGUAGUUAGCAGGCUUGGUGCAUCAUAGCCACAGGGACUGGUGCUGAGGUGGCUGUGUGUUUCAAGGAUUGAUGGUGUUUCAAACAUCAAGCAUCAAGGAUUAGUACGAUUAACAUCGAGCACAUAACAUUUCUGGCACCAACUGUAACUUUUGCUAAGUUGCGUUCAGCCUGGUAUUGGCUGUGACCACGUCAACUGUAAAUCAGCCAGUGAAACAAUCCAUUACGAUAUCCUCAGCGGCAUAGCAUCCCCAGUAUCCGGCACCGGUCUUGGCCGGUUCCCAGCUCGUUUAAGAAGGUGAACGGAUGUGUACGCGAAACCCAUUUGUUUCCUCUCGAACGAAUCCAGAUGGAAUAUCCGGCUGACGAUCUCACAGCGACCAGAAGCCUGCAGAUCUUCAUGUACUUAUACAUGUCGGUGGCGACAUUCUGGACCUAUGACUAUAUUUGUUCACUUCACGAAGAGUGGACAUUCCUUCUUCGGUCGCGCUGGACCAAAGUAAAAGCCCUUUAUAUCACUGCACGAUAUGUCCCCUUUUUAAUCGCCACCAUGAGCCUAUAUCUGGCCGUGGCCCCGACCGACAAUACCAAUGAAUGCCAGAUAUUGAUGAAUAUUAUCACAUCCUUGAGUCUGAUUUCACUCACUUGCUCUGAAUGCUUUUUUGUCCUCAGAACGUAUGCACUCUGGAACAAAAAUAGAAUCAUACUCGUAGCCAUGCUAUCCACCCUUUUUGCUGUCAUCGUAUCAUCCUUCAUCAUUGGUUUUACUGCUACUGCGACCUCUUAUUCUACGGGUAACGCGAUCCCAAGCUGUCGCUGGAACUCGGGCAGUUCCUCAUUCUUCGUACCGUUUAUUCUCUUGUUUGUGUUCCAAAUGGUACUGGUGUCCCUCACACUUGUGUGUGUCAUACAGAGUUGGCGGUCUGCCAAGGGCCCCCUCUAUGCCAUCCUACUGAAGCAUAACAUAUUCUACUAUACAUGCGGUCUGCUUCUCUCGACCGUAAACGUCCUUGCGCCACUACUAGUGCUGCCGCUUUCUGAUUUCCUAUCCUACUCCCCCGAAGCUUUUGAGAUCUUUAUCCUUGCUAUCCUCGCUACGCGCAUGCACCUCCAUCUCUGGCGUAUGGAUCAGCAAGUGGACGACCCCGACAUCGUCGUGUGGAUAUCUAUAUCGGAGAUGUCACCUGCAGAUCGUACGGUGUAACGUCUUAUCGUGUGGCUUAUUCGGCGUCGUUUGUGAAGUGGGACUUGGACUACCAACUUGCUCUUCGUUGGUGCAACAUAUGCAAUAUUACGUGAGCUACCU